CGGCGCGAUGUUUUGGCGUCAUCGCGGCGCCGGAGCGGGAAUCCAGGACAAUCCUGUGAGGGUGUGGACUCUGGACAGCAUGAUGGUCUGCGGGCUCCGCGCGCGCACCUGCUGGGCUCUGCGGUCCUUAGCUGUUAGCAGGCGAGCGCUGCGCUCCAGUCCGCGCACCCACGCUUUCGCCAAGGAGCUCUUCCUGGGCAGGAUCGAGAAGAAAGAAGUAUUCCCAUUUCCAGAAGUUAGCCAAGAUGAACUUAAUGAAAUCAAUCAGUUUGUGGGACCCAUAGAAAGAUUCUUCACUGAAGAGGUGGACUCUCGAAAAAUUGAUCAGGAGGGAAAAAUCCCAACGGAAACAUUGGAGAAACUGAAGGGCCUGGGGCUUUUUGGGAUGCAAGUCCCAGAAGAAUAUGGUGGCCUGGGCCUCUCCAACACCAUGUAUGCGCGGCUAGGGGAGAUUGUCGGCCUGGACGGGUCAAUCGCUGUGACCCUGGCAGCACACCAGGCCAUUGGCCUCAAGGGGAUCAUCUUGGCCGGUAGUGAAGAGCAGAAGGCCAAAUAUCUGCCCAAAUUGGCAUCAGGAGAACACAUUGCCGCCUUCUGCCUGACGGAGCCAGCCAGUGGAAGCGAUGCUGCCUCCAUCCGGACUAGGGCCUCUCUAAGUGAAGAUAAGAAGCACUAUAUCUUGAACGGCUCCAAGGUCUGGAUCACCAAUGGAGGACUUGCCAGUAUUUUUACCGUGUUUGCUAAAACCAAUGUUGUUGAUUCCGACGGCUCAGUAAAAGACAAAAUGACAGCAUUUAUAGUAGAAAGAGACUUUGGUGGAAUCACUAAUGGGAAGCCUGAAGAUAAGUUAGGCAUCCGUGGCUCAAACACCUGUGAAGUCCAUUUUGAAAACACCAAGGUGCCCAUUGAAAAUGUUCUAGGAGAAGUUGGAGGUGGGUUUAAGGUGGCCAUGAACAUCCUCAACAGUGGGCGGUUCAGCAUGGGCAGUGCUGUGGCCGGGAUGCUCAAGAAAUUAAUCGAAAUGACUGCAGAAUAUGCCUGCACGAGGAAGCAGUUCAACAGGAGCCUCAGUGAAUUUGGAUUAAUUCAGGAAAAGUUUGCCUUGAUGGCUCAGAAGGCUUAUGUAAUGGAAAGUAUGGCCUACCUCACUGCAGGGAUGCUGGACCAACCAGGGUUUCCUGACUGCUCCAUCGAGGCUGCCAUGGUGAAGGUGUUCAGCUCAGAGGGUGCCUGGCAGUGCGUGAGUGAGGCGCUGCAGAUCCUCGGCGGCUCGGGCUACAUGAGGGACUACCCGUACGAGCGCAUGCUGCGUGACACCCGCAUCCUGCUCAUCUUUGAGGGAACCAAUGAGAUUCUCCGGAUGUACAUCGCCCUGACAGGCCUGCAGCACGCCGGACGCAUCCUGACAGCAAGGAUCAACGAGCUUAAACGGGGCAAUGUGACCACUGUCCUGGAGACCGUUGGCCGGAGGCUUCGGGACUCCUUGGGCCGAACCGUGGACCUGGGAUUGACAGGGAAUCUCGGAGUUGUGCACCCCAGUGUUGCGGACGGUGCCAACAAGCUCGAGGAGAACGUGUAUUACUUUGGGCGCACUGUGGAGACGUUGCUGCUCCGCUUUGGCAAGACCAUUGUGGAGGAGCAGAUGGUCUUGAAGCGGGUGGCCAACAUCCUCAUCAACCUGUACGGCAUGACAGCUGUGCUGUCUCGGGCCAGCCGCUCCAUACGAGCAGGCCUCCGGAACCAUGACCAUGAGGUUCUGUUGGCCAACAUCUUCUGCACAGAAGCUUAUUGCCAGAAUCUCUUCACCUUAUCUCAGCUGGACAAGUAUUCUCCAGAAAAUCUAGAUGAACAGAUCAAGAAAGUAUCCCAGCACAUCCUAGAGAAGCGAGCAUACAUCUGUGCCCACCCUUUGGAUCGGACAUCCUGAAGCAGAGGGAUGGUGGUCACUGUUGCCGCCAGCCCCCAGGCGACAGCCUGUUGCUGACAACUCUUACUUUUUCCAGAAGGUGUUGAACUUGGGGUUAUUUUAAGUUGAACUUUCUUCCCAGUCUUUACCUGAGGUCUUUUUCUUCACCUGGGGAAACUUCUUCUAGGCUUGAUCUGUGAGCACUGCUGCCUAACAUGAUCAUUCCAGGUUCUAAGUGGAGAUGGAGAUGGAUAGAGAGAGAAUGGAGUUGCUGAGACCUGGAAUUAGAGGAUACGCUCUUAGUUUAGGAGACCUCAGAAUGGAAAUGGGCGCUCGAGCUGCUGCCUCUGUCGCAUGAACCUGCGGGGACCUAUUUCGGGCAUGGACGGCCAUUUCUACUAGACCACACCUCUCCCAAGAAAUAGCUUGAAAGCUGUGUAUGUGUCAUUCAUUCAGACUAGAAGCAAAAUAUACUUAAAAUAUGCACCAGGAACCACUUAACAAAAAAAGAAUAUAAAAUGGCACAGUUUGUGUUUACCCUUCUAGUCAUGUUUUUCCUCAGACCAGCCUUUAAUGGAUGGCAGCAUGCUCCUAAAAAUCACCCUUUGGUGAUGGCUCUCACUCUCUUUUGUCCUCAACCUGUGAGAAAAAGGCCUUGAAAGCUGAGGAGCAGGUUCCCUCUGCAGGGCCAUGGGGAUUAUGAGCCCUAUCUUUGAUCCCUCUCGGUGAUGGCUGGCUGGAAAACAGCAUUGCUUGGUACAUGACAACAUAUGCUUGUUCCCACCUGGGUUUUUCUGUCUGUUUUCUUUGCAAGGAUUGCCUGUCUACAGUGGACCAGAAAGGUGACAUUGCCUAAGGCCACUGGAACUGGUACAUACAGCACCUGAGUUUAGAGAAUGGAAAUAAAAGUAGCAACACCUACAAACAUCCCCAAAGGAAGGGGAAAGUAAGAAUAGAUACUUUUGAAGAAAUAAUGAGUAUCAGAAUUGAUAAGGAAAAUUCCAAGCCUGGACACAUUUUUAGUGAGAUUUAAAACAAAGGCAAAGAUGAAUUCUGAAAAGUAACAGAGAAAAAGGGCAGGGCACCUGUGAAGGAAAAAGUAUGAUGAACAUCAGAUCCCACAACAGCAAUGCUGUAAAUAAGAAGGUAAAGAACUUGAGCCUGCAGAUUUUUUGUUUUGUUUUGUCUUGGUUUUGUUUUUAAUUGAUUUUAAAAUAAUGAAAAGGCAAGCCACAGACUGGGAAAAUAUAUUUGCAGUACAUGUGAAUGACAACUGAUCCAGAUAAAAAUAAAAUAAAAAACCCACAAAUGGGACUUCAUCAAAAUAAAAAGCUUCUGCUCAGCAAAAGAAACCAUCAACAAAACCACAAUAAAGCCCACUGCAUGGGAGAACAUAUUUAACAAUGUUAUCUCCAAUAAGGGUUUAAUCUCCAAAAUUUACAGGGAACUCAUACAACUUAACAAAAAGAAGACAAACAAUCCAAUCAAAAAAUGGGCAAAGGACCUAAACAGACACUUAUCGAAAGAAGACAUAUAGAAGGCCAUGAGACAUAUAAAAGCAUGCUCAAAGUCACUAAUCAUCUGAGAGAUGCAAAUCAAAACGACAAUGCAGUACCAUCUCACACCUGUCAGAAUGGCUAUCAUCAACAAAUCAACCAACAACAAGUGCUGGAGAGGAUGUGGAGAAAAAGGAACCCUGUGCACUGCUGGUGGGAAUGCAGACUGGUGCAGCCACUAUGGAAGACAGUAUGGAGUUUCCUCAAAAAAUUAAAAAUGGAACUCCCAUUAGACCCAGUAAUCCUACUUCUAGGAAUAUAUCCUAAGAAAUCAGAAACACCUAUCAGGAAGGAUAUAUGCACCCCUAUGAUCAUAGCAGCACAAUUUACAAUAGCUAAGAUUUGGAAACAACCUAAGUGCCCAUCAGCAGAUGAGUGGAUUAGAAAACUGUGGUACGUCUACACAAUGGAAUACUACACUGCUACUAAAAAGAAGGAACUUUUACCAUUUGCAACAGCAUGGGUGGAACUGGAGAGCAUUAUUCUAAGCAAAAUAAGCCAGUCAGAGAAAGAUAAAUAUCACAUGAUCUCACUCAUAUGUGGGAUAUAAUGAUCAACAUAAAC